AUGUCGGAUAUAAUCGAAGAUCCAUUUCAAAUGGAUGAUGAUUUCGCCAUUCUGCCGAACCAACUAAAGGACAACACAACUUCAACAACCCCCAUUAUUAUACCGGACACAUCGAAGGAGGGGGAAAAGCAGGUAAACUGUGAUACCAAAGUGAUGCCUGUGAGGUACUCUACACCGGAAUCUAUACAGGAGGACAAUGAGUAUAUUCAAUCAAGAUUGCAACAAUUAAAUGUUGAAGCAAAAGAAAAUAGGAUAGAGGUUAACUCAGCGGGGAAAGAGUUGGGAGAGGUGGAAGACAAAGGAGAAGAUAAGUUGGAAGAAGAGUACGAUGAAGAUGCUGAUGAUAAAUUGGAUGUCAAUUUACAGAAGCAAUUGCAGGAGGAAUAUGCACGAAAAUUUGAAAAGAUGAAACUGAAUUACGGUGAGCCACCCUUGCUUCCAAGUCAGGAUUCACAUUUGCAACAACAACAACAACAACACCACCACCAGAAUCAACUGCGUCUGCUACAGAAACGAGAACCAGACGCGCAAUCGACACUGGCAGACACAUUCACAAAGACAAUUACCAACACCCAACAAUUUCAAUUUGAUAUAGAUGAGGAUGAGCCAUUAACUCCACCGGAGAAUUUUGCUUUGGUGAUUAAUGCAAUCUAUCGAAGUUCUUUUCCACAGCCAACCAAUUUCUCAUUCCUCAAACUGUUGAAGCUCAAAUCUGUGCUAUGUCUUAUACCUGAAGAUUACCCCUUGUUGCAAGAGCAAUUUCUUGCUAGUCAAGGGAUCAAAUUAUUCCAAUUACCAAUGUCUGGAAACAAAGAACCAUUUGUAAAAAUCUCGUCUGACUUGAUCACCCAAGCCAUACAAAUUGUGCUCGACCCCAGUAAUCAGCCGAUAUUGAUACAUUGCAAUAGAGGUAAGCAUCGUACUGGAUGUCUUGUUGGUGUAUUACGACGAUUGCAAAAUUGGUCCAAGACCAUUAUUUUUGAUGAGUAUAGGAAAUUUGCUGCGCCAAAAGAACGGCCGAUGGAUCAACAAUUUAUUGAAUUGUAUGAUGAUCGAGAAAUCAAACGGUAUUGUUAUGAACGAGGAUUGUUGCCGCUACGAUGGGGGUAA